AGAGGAAUAAAAUCUUACCGAGGUCUUUAAACUGUGUGUUGUUGUCAAACAGCGACUGAUUCCUCCGGUUUAGGAAAUUUAAUCCUCCUUUUUUUAUCAUGCUGCUCUGCUGUGUGUGUGUGUGUGUGUGUGUGUGUGUUCAGUAGAUCCCAGAGCAGAAGACCACGAGGAGAAGCGUCUGGGGCGUCUGAUUGUCCCUCUGAUGGUCCUCGUUCCUCUCAGUUCUGCACGUUCAGCUGUUACCUCUCGUGUCCCGUUCGCAGGUUCAGUCUGUCCUCUCUCGCCCUGCUGUAGCUCCGCCCACCAGGUGUGUUCAGUACAGCCAGCGGUGGAUUUGUACAGUCGUAACACACGAGCAGACAGCAGGAGUCACUGCAGCAGUAAGGUGGCUGUACCCCGUCUGACCCCCACCUCCUACAGACACAGCCAGCGGACGCGGCCUGAGAGCAGAAUGUCGGUUCACCCUCGGCGUGUUCGGCUAAAGCCCUGGCUCGUCGCUCAAGUGGAUAACGGAACGUUUCCGGGUUUGGUCUGGCUCGACCGCGAGGCCAAGCGCUUCCAGAUCCCGUGGAAACAUGCGACCCGCCACACGGCUCCACAGGAGGAGGAGAACACCAUCUUCAAGGCGUGGGCAGUAGAAACAGGAAAGUAUCAGGAGGGCGUGGAUGAACCUGAUCCAGCGAAGUGGAAAGCUCAGUUACGCUGCGCGCUGAAUAAGAGUCGAGAGUUUAAUCUCAUCUACGAUGGAACCAAAGAAGUUCCAGUGAAACCACUGAAGAUCUAUGACGUGUGUGAUAUACCUGCACCGCUCAGUAAUCCAGGAUCUACGGGUUCUGCUCGUACAUACGACUCUGACGGUGAUGAUGAGGAUCCUGAAACACCGGAACCACCACCACCUCCUUAUCAUCCACCGGUGAGUGGUUCUCCUCUGGCUCCACCUGUGUGGACCUCUCCAGGCUCCACCUCCCCCCUGCAGCCUUCCCCCCUGCAGCCCCCCCCACAGGUGUGGCCUAAGAAGGAACCGCAGGAUGUGGAGAUGGAUCCACCAGCAGCCAUGGACAUCCAACCUUCAUCCAACAUGGACACACAACCAAUCACAGACGUGCUGUUCACCACGCCCGAGACCUGGAUCAGCUCACUGCCCAUGACAGAUCUGGAGGUCCAGUUUUAUUACCGUGGGAAGGAGGUGUGUCCAGCGGUGACGGUCAGUAACCCUCAGGGCUGCAGGUUGUUUUAUGGUGAUUUGGGGCCGAUGGUGAAUCAGGAGGAACUGUUCGGCCCCAUCAGUCUGGAGCAGCUGCGCUUCCCCCCCACCGAACACAUCAGUAACGAUAAGCAGCGCCUAUUCACCAACCGCUUGCUGGAUGUGAUGGACCGUGGCCUCAUCCUGGAGAUCAGCGCCCACGACAUCUACGCCGUGCGCCUGUGCCAGUGUAAGGUGUACUGGUCCGGACCCUGUGGCCCCAACGCCAACGCGCCCAACUUGAUCGAGCGCCAGCGCAAAGUCAAACUCUUCUGCCUAGAGACGUUCCUGAGCGGAGUGAUAGCGCACCAGCGUGGUCAGUCUCCCUCACUGCCUCAGUUUGAUAUUCACCUGUGUUUUGGGGAGGAGUGGCCGGACGGUCGCCCCCGAGAGAGGAAACUCAUCAUGGUGCAGGUGGUGCCGGUGGUGGCGCGGAUCAUUACUGAAAUGUUCUGUUCUGAUGGAACUCGAUCGUUUGACAGUUCCAGCGUGCGGCUGCAGAUUUCUGUUCCUGAUAUUAAGGACAACAUCGUUACACAGCUCAAACAGCUUUACCGCCUGCUACAGAACCAUCAGGGCAACGAGGGCUGGCCCCUGGGCCCUGGGGGCCCCGCCCACCUGGCCCCUGCCCUGCACGCCCAGUGAUAUGCACUCAAUUGCACACGUACACAACAUGUACACAACAUGUACACAACAUGUACACAACAUGUACACAACAUGUACACAACAUGUACACAUGUACACACAAAUAAACAUUUGUAGAGUUUAUUUUAUAUAUCAUUCUAAUCUUUACACUAAAGCUUUUAAUACAAUAUAGUAGUUACCCUGUAGCGUGUUGUAUGUAGCAUGUUGUAUGUUUAUUUCUGCAGUGAUUUGUACAUGCAUGUUAAACACUGCAUUUUGGCUUCUGGUCCUGAUCCCUGUGUACCCUGAUCCCUUCAGUGUGUGUCGUAUGAAUUUCUCCACGUUGUUGUGGCGCGUUAAUCAUUUUAUUAAAUAAAAAAUAAAGUUUCAUUUAUACAG